AUGGCCCUUCUCCUCUUCUGUCUGACUCUGCUGCCACCGCUCGUGUCUCCAGAGAUCCUGAUGGUGGAGCCAGACUCAGACCAGUUCUUCAGUUCUUCAACAAUCAGUCUGAAGUGUGAGGCUCAGUGGACUGUGAAGAGAAAGUCUGGGUCUAGGGUUGAGUCCUUUGGCUUGGACAAAGACUUUGGUAACUUUGACAAAACUUCUUCCACCUGCCUCCUGAAUACCCUCGUCCCCUCAGACUCUGGUGUGUACUGGUGUGAGUCUGCAGAUGGAACUAGAAGCCCAGAGCGCCUCCUGUCUGUCACAGGUAACUAUAGACUGUAG